AGGAUAUCUUAUCAAUAUUACACAGAAAACUGUCACUGCACGACACUGGUCGGCCUUGUCCCGGUAAAACAAAAUGGCGGAUUGGGAAGCAGGAAAGCCUCCAAUGACACCCCCACAGCAGAAUAUUCAACCUUUCGAUCAAGGAUCCCCUCCUGGAUACAAUGCCCCCCAGUAUCCGGGACAACAUGGGCCUAUGCCGGUAACAGGUCAACCUGGGGUGGGGCAGCCAUUUGGAUACCAUGCCACCAACACCACUGUGGUUGUACAGCAACAACCGGUGCCAACUCGACCUCAGAUGAGGGACUGGAGCACCGGUAUCUGUGGCUGUUUCGAGGACAUGGCAUCUUGCUGCGCUGUGACUUGGUGUAUGAAUUGCUAUAUGUGUCACCUCUCAUCCAAGCUUGGAGAGUCUUGUUGUCUGCCAUUUGCUAUAGCAUGUUACGGUUCUCUGGUUCCUCUCCGAACCAAAAUCCGUGCAGAAAACAACAUCGUCGGCAGUAUCUGUGAGGACUGCUGCAUGGUCUGCUGGUGUCCCGCAUGCGUCAUGUGCCAGCUGUCACGUGAACACGAUAACAUCCAGCUGAACCAACAGAUUAUCGUCAGAUGACAUUCUUGAUUUUUUUUUGUUUUUUAGAUAUAUAGGCAAAAUGUGUUUUAUUCAUCCUAAGCUGGAACAAGUGUAUAAUGUUUUAUUUCUUCAUCACAUACUAUAGAAGUCGCUGUUUUGAUUGAUGCACCCUUUCUUUUUUGUUAUGAACCAACAACUUGAUUUAUUGAGAGAUUGAUUAAUUGAUUGAAUGAUUGAUUGAUUAUUUUCCCUCUACGUUUAGUAAUUCUUUAAAAUCAAGGAGAAUACUUAUUGACUGCAUAUAAGAAAAUACAAUGAAGAACAUUGACCAUUAUAAAGCAGUUUGCUUAAUAAAGUGAUUAAAAAUGUUGAAUUGCACAA